GGCGCUGCACAGCGCGACAACGAAAAAAAAAUCUGUGAACAAAACGUAUUUAGUUAAGACCUGUCGUGGACUGUUUCAGUGUGUUGUGAUUGUCAGUGUGGAGUGGUUGUCGUGAAAUAAAUAACCAUGAAGCCACUAUUUCCAAUAGUGGUUGCUAUACUGGUGGUAGCGGCUACCGCUCAUCCGGAGAACAUUGAGGAUGUCAAGGAACUGCCUCAGAGCAAGGAACCCAUAGUGGAGGCAGAGGCGAGCGCCCCACAAGCAAGGAAGGAAAGAUGCACAACCUGCUCCCACUCGCUAAAGUCCCAAAACGAGCUUUUCCAAGCUCUAAAGUCUUUGCCCAACGCUGAAGUCCACACACAGGAGACCUUCGAAGGCUGCUCCUCAGAGAAAGGCUGUGCCGGCAUCAAGAAGGUAGACGGAGCUGUCAUUGAAAAGUUUGGAAACCUCCAAGCGUUGAAUGGCGCAGCCAGUGCGGGAGUACCUAACACGCCUUUCUGGUGGAUGAACCAACAGAACUCGCCAUUCAAAGCUGGUGCCGCUGCUGCUGGUGGGGCUGGUGGUGGAUCGUUCGAGAAAUUCAGCAAAUCGUCUUCCAGUUUUACGUCAAGUUCUACCGGUGGCGCUGGAGGCGUCGAUCUGGGCGCCAACCCCUUCUUAAACGGAGAGUUCGCUAAACUCGGAGCUGGUUUCAACGGCGCUAGCAAUUUCGGUAGCAGUCAGUCAGAAAUUGACAUCACAAAGAACCAGUUUUUGAAUGGACAGGCUGGUUUCAACGGUCAGUCUGCAGGCGCUUUUGGUGGUGCUUCCCAAUCUGGAGCCAACUCAGCUUUUGGUAGCCAAUCGGGAGGUGCUUUCGGCAGUGGUUCCCAAUCAGCCUUUGGGUCAAAAGCCCAAGGUUUCGGAUCUAGUUCCCAAACCGGAUUCGGUGCAUCUGGCCAAGGCGUAGCUCUGUCUCAAGGCGCUCAGGGUGCCCAAGGUUUCGGCGCCAGCCAAAACGGCUUCAACUCCUUCAACGCCGCCGGCAAGUUCGGAUCAGGUUACUCUGGUUCCUCGCCAGCUCCAUUCACUCCCACUGGAUCGAAUGUGAACCUUAUUCAGAACAGCCAAAAGAACGAAUUCGAUUACACGCAGCAACAGCAGACUCAGCAGAAUAUUGAUGAGGUGUUCCAGAGUACUGGCAACGUCCAGGCUCACGAGAGCUCUGGUGGGGACCUGCAGCAGACUUGCGCUGGUCAGGGCUAUGUCUGCGUGCUCAAGUCACAGUGCAACAACGGUGUUGUGAACACCAAUGGCGGUGGACUCUUGCAGGCUAACACUCAGAAACAGUACUGCAACACUAGAACCGAAAUCUGCUGCAGGAUCGAGACCGCCUCCCUCGCGGGCGCCGGCAACCUACAAGGUUCUCUCGGAGUAGGAUCAGCCACAUACUCCGGCAACCAAGGACUCUUUGGCCAGUCAGCAUCAGCCUCCAACCAAAACAGCUUCGGAGCGACAGGAUUUGGCUCAAACCAGGCUUCAAACUCCGCCUUCGGAUCAAACCAGGCCUCAAACACAGCCUUCGGCUCCGCCAACCGUGGUUCCUCUGCGUUCGGUAGCAACCAAUUCGGAGCGUCAGGAUCUUUUGGCACCAACAAGUUCGCGUCAACCACCGGCACGGGUUUCGGGUCAACCAUUGCCCCCAACCGCAAUGUCAACAACGAAGUCUUCAAAUCGACCAGUCAAACGAACUUCGUCGAAACCGAUUCCUUCUCAUCCGGAAGCGACAACUCCGGUAUCUACCGCCCUGGUGCCAUCGGAACUGUUCUCAAGCCGGGCAUCCCCUACCUGCCUCCCGUAGACACUUCCAGCAGUGGAUCUAACGUUGUUUCGACGGCAUACACUCCCGCUUUCGUCACUACCCCACGUCCGUUUACUACCCCUCGUCCCAUAACGACCCAGAGGGUUUACUCUACUCCCAAGCCUACUUACUUGCCCCCCAUUUCGACCAAGGCGCCUGAAUACCUACCUCCUGUUGAUGGGUACACAGCUUCAGACAGUUUCCCUCAUCCUUCCUACAUUGAUGGACAGCUGAUCCUGGAUGAGAACCUCCCAGGAACCGUCAGACCGCCUCCUCCAGCCGUAUUCAAUGACGUGCCAUCCGGCUGUGCUGCUGCUCUGAAGUGCACACCCAUCGAGUUCUGUACCGCGGACGGAGUCGUUUCCAACACCACUGUCAUCCUGAGCAGAGAUCAAGAGGCUUACAGAGUACCACUUACUGAUUGCAAAGACUUGGAAUCAGGUCGCAUCGGUAAAUGCUGCCGUGAUCCCUACUACACCGACCCGUGGCCGGUCAACCAGCUCGGCAAAUGGGUGCCCGGGGUAUUCGGAGGCAACGACGGUACUUACACCCCGGACAACCGUGGCAGCCCCAACAACCCUCCGAGGGUUACAGUCAGACCCCCAACUACAGGCACCAUCAUUAAGGACUUUUUCCCUGAACCGACACCAACGCCCACCUAUUACGCCGGCGGACGCAGUACGUAUCAAGGGGGUCAAGGCCUCGCUUCCACUGGACAAAACGCUUUCGCCUCUAACAUUGGAAAAAAAGCUUUCUCUCAAGGAACUGGCCUAACCAGCUUCUCUAACGGUGCUCAGAAUACAAACGCUUUUGCUCAAGGAACCCAAAACGCUUUCUCUCAAACUGGAACCCAGAAUGGUUUCGCCCAAAAUGCGAAUGCUUUCUCUAGAGGCACCCAGAAUGGCCUCGGCUUCUCUACAGCUGCUCAAAAUACGAACACUCUGUCUCGCGGCACUCAGAACGGUCUCGGUAUAUCUCAGGGAACCCAGAAUACAAAUGCUUUCUCUAGAGGCACCCAGAAUAGUCUAAAUGGUUUCUCUCAAGGUGGUCUUAAUACGAAUACUUUGUCACGAGGGAGCCAAACUGGUGUAACUAGUUUCAACCAGGGUCAAAAUACGAAUAGUUUAUCACGAGGCGUUCAAAAUAGUUUGACCGGUACCUCUCUAGGUGCUCAGAAUGCGAAUGCUUUCUCUAGAGGCGUUCAGAAUACGAAUACUUUGUCACAAGGCGCUCAAACUGGUGCAACUGGUUUCUCUGCUGGUGCCCAAAAUACAAAUGCAUUUAGAGGUACUCAGAAUAGUCAAGCAGGCUUCUCUCAGGGUGCUCAAAACACAAAUACUUUCUCCAGAGGUGCUCAGAGUGGUAUAGGAAUCUCUGGAGGUCAAGCAGGACUAGCUGGAUCAUCUCUAGGUGUUCAAAAUACAAAUGCAGUCUCUAGAGGCGCUCAGAAUAGUGUGACAGGAUUUGCUCAGGGGGCUCAGAAUUCAAAUGCUUUCUCUAGGGGUGCUCAAAGUGGUGUAGGCCUCUCUGGAGGUGCCCAAACAAAUGCUUUCGGUCAAGGCGUUCAGACAGGACUGGCCGGAUCAUCUCAAGGGGUUCAGAAUACAAAUGCUUUCUCUAGAGGAGCUCAGAGUGGUUCCGGCUUUUCUGGAGGUGCUCAGAGUGGUUUAGGAUUCUCUGGGGGUGCUCAGGGUAAUUCAGGCUUCGCCGGGGGAGCACAGGGUGGAUCUGGGUUCUCUGGGGGCGCCCAAAGUGGUUCAGGCUUUGGCGGGGGCGCCCAAGGUGGUUCUGGAUUCUCUGGGGGCGCUCAGAGUGGUUCAGGCUUUGGUGGGGGUGCCCAAAGUGGUUCUGGAUUCUCUGGCGGCGCCCAGAGUGGAUCAGGCUUUGGCGGAGGCGCCCAAGGUGGUUCUGGAUUCUCUGGGGGCGCUCAGGGUGGAUCAGGCUUUGGCGGGGGCGCCCAAGGUGGUUCUGGAUUCUCUGGGGGCGCUCAGGGUGGAUCAGGCUUUGGCGGGGGCGCCCAGAGUGGUGCAGGCUUUGGAGGGGGAGCUCAGAGUGGUUUAGGAUUCUCUGGAGGAGCUCAAAACUCAAAUUCCAUCUCUAGAGGCGUUCAGAAUGGUUUAGCUUUCGGCGCUCAAAAUGCUUUCUCUGGAGGUGCUCAGCUUGGUUUCGGUCAAGGUGCCCAGAAGUUAGUUUCUGGAGUACAACAGCAGGAGAGUGCUUCUAAACUGAUUAAACAAGAAAAAAUUGUCGAAGAAGGAGGAUUCGGAGAGAGGAGGACUGGAGGCUUUAAAGUAGAAAAAGGACAACGCGGCGAACUUGAAGAAGGUGGUUUUGGAGUCAAACGCACUGGUGGAUUCAAUGUGGAAAGGGGACAACGCACUGAAAUUGAAGAAGGAGGCUUAGGCGUUAAGAGGACAGGUGGCUUCAAAGUGGAAAAAGGACAACGUGGCGAAAUUGAAGAAGGUGCAUUCGGAGUUAAACGUACCGGUGGAUUCAACGUAGAAAAAGGACAAAGGACAGAAAUUGAGGAGGGAGGGUUCGGUAUCAAACGCACCGGAGGAUUCGGACUCGAGAGAGGAGAACUGACUGAAAUCGAACGCAGGAAACUGUUCAAAAUCCAACAGGAACAGUCACAGGAGAAUGGUCUGUCGUACGGAAACGAGGCUUCGGAAUCUAUACAGAGAGUCUUCUUGAAACGGUAUCAGAGCAACGGCGAGUGCGGUUUACAAAACCCUCAGAGACCGUACGGAAACCACAAGGACUUGGAGCUGGACUUCGCCGAGAUCCCCUGGCAAGCCAUGAUUCUCCUGCAGACUAACAAGAGCCUGCUGUGCGGCGGAGUCAUCACCAGACCUGAUGUCGUCAUCACCUCUGCCAGCUGUGUUGAAGGCCUCGACGCCAGAAACGUGCUGAUUAAGGGAGGAGAAUGGAAAUUGGGGAUAGAUGAUGAACCCCUGCCUUUCCAGAUCGUCCAGGUUAAGCACAUCCUGCGCCAUCCUGGAUUCGUCGCUGGGUCCCUGAAGAACGAUGCCGCUAUCCUGGUUUUGACAGAGAACCUGAGGCUCGCGAAGAACAUCUGGCCCAUCUGCCUCCCUUCGUCGACAGACGCAUUUGACGCUUUUUACAAUGGCGCAGGAAAAUGCAUUGUGACUGGAUGGGGAAAAUCUGUUUUGCAAGCUCAUCUUGAAGGCAGCAUCAUCCACGGAUUAAACGUCUCCCUCCUGAACCCUGGACAGUGCGAGAACAAGAUUAGCCAGGACUACCCUCACUUACGAGACCUUUAUGACCAGGAGAGCUGCGCCUGUGGACAGCCCACCAACCCCACCAACAACAUUUGCAAGGUUGACAUUGGCAGUGCUAUCGCUUGCACGACAGAUGACAGUCACUACGUAUUGAGAGGCAUCUACUCUUGGGACUCUGGCUGUCAAGUCGGCAACCAGCUCGCUGGCUUCUACAAAUUCGAUCUUGAAUGGUACGAGUGGGCCAUCGGUCUGAUCGAGAGCGUUCGCUUCUCACAGUACACAGUCACCACUACCAUCACCAAGAAACAGUUCGGAGUUGCUUCAACCCCAGGAGUCAAGGGCACGACCACAGUCAGGAAAACUGUCACUACUGGCUUCCAACCCGGUUCCACCAUCACAGGAAUCUCUGGCAUCGCUGGAGCCACGAAGACAUCUGGUAUCCAAGGAUCCUAUAACUCAGGCUUUAAUGCAGGAAUUACUGGAGCUACCAAGACCUCAGGACUGCAAGGAAGCGUGACCACAGUCACCAACCAAAAGGUCAUCACAACAGGAGCAUCCGGAAUCAAUUCAGGACUUAACGGAGGUUUCGGAGUCACGGGGAUUUCAGGAGCCAGUAAGACCUCAGGCAUCCAGGGAGCCUUCAACUCAGGAUUCAAUUCAGGUAUCACUGGAGCGACGAAGACUUCAGGAGUACAGGGAUCUGUAACCACAGUAACCAACAAAAAGAUCAUCACAACAGGUGUCUCUGGAGGAGGAGCUUUCGGAGGAAAUGCAGGAAUCUCCGGUAACUCUGGCUUCCAGCAAACAGUCACUGGCUUCGGAACUGGAGGUCAGAGCAAAUCAGGAGGCUUCAGCCAAUUUGGAGCAGCGAAAUACGAUUCAGAACUAACGAAGCUAAUCAACUCUGGGGAGUACCAGGAAAUUAAAAGCCCAGUCGAAAAGACUUUCUCGACUUACUCAAGGCAGUUCGUACAAACUCAGCCGGAAGUGACGUAUGUGACUUUGAAGCCGGUUGUCAAAACCUUCGAGUACACAAAAGUCAUUCCCAUUGAAACGAAAACGGAAUACUUCAAGUUACCAACUAAGAGGACUGAAUUCACUUAUACCAAACCCGAAAUUAGAUACGAUUACCAGACGUCUGGAAGUCAGACCAACCAGCAGAUUGUGGCCCCCAGUGUAUCCUUCACGCCAUCGUUCUCAGAGGUCACCGGAACAAAACACAUUCACGACGCAAAAUGCAAAUGUCUCGAAAAUGGUAAAAAGUAAAAAUGAAAAUCGAAAACUUUUUUUAAUUGGUAAAAAUGGAGGAAGAGUGCCAUAAAAUUUGCAUAUUUUUUUUAUUUUUGUAUUAUUAUUUUUUUAAUUGUUUUUCGAUUUCACAUUAAAUUUAUAAAUAGGACAGUGGAAAACAAUCAGUUCCUAUAAUUACGUUACCAUUUUCUGCGAAAAAUAUGCUUUUGAUUUUUAUUUUUGUCCGAAAAAAUGCGAGCGAUUUAUACAUUUUAUUUUG